GUGAUCACGAUUAAAGAUACUAUCUUUAAUCGUGGUUGUGAUUGUGUAAAUGGUUGAUAAUAUGUACUAUGUAGAUAAUAAUAUGCUGUAUGCAUUCAAAUAAUUAUAUUUCAUUACGAAAAUACGAAAUAUGAUAAUCAYAGGUACUUGGUAGUUUGUAUACAUUUGAUUUUGAUGACAAUCGCAUAUCGCAUUGAACUUACAUGAGUAGAAAAACUGUAGGUUAUUUUUUGUCUUUUUAAAAUUAUUCAAAAAUUAAGUUUGAAAUAUCAUAAAUAAAAUGAGUAAUAAAAAACCUCCCAUACCACAAUGUCCUAUAGUACCAGUAGAAGAAGAAAUUGAAGAAGAUUUAAAAACAAUAGACGAAACAGAAGCUCCUCUGUUGACAGAUGAUGCUAAGGUUUUAUUAGAAUCUAUUGGGACUGAAGUAAUUAAAAAUGAUACACAAGAAACAGCUCAAAAGCUUGUGGACAACAUGGAUGAAUUAGAACAAACAAUCACUACAUUAGAUAAGAAAUAUAAUGAAUUGAUGACUUGUGAGAAAGAGUUGGAAGAAAUUGAAGAGGAAAUUGAUAAACAAAUUAAAGAGAUGACCAAUUACAUAUCUGAAAUUCAAUCAAAUCCUUCUGCAGUGAAAUAAACACGUUUAAUUGUAUUGUAUUAAAUGGACCACUAAUUGCUUCUAUUUUUUUAUUUGUACAAUUUAAAAUUUAUUGUUUAC